UUUUUUUCACUCUCUGACACUGUCCCGUUCUUCACUUCCCAACGCCAACCCGGAGUGCAGAUACACAAACACAAAACACAGUACAGGGGCUGAGGGGGAAACCGCGUUCUAAAAAUAAGCAACUAAAUGUACAGGCGUGUUAUAUACAAAAGGUACACAAGUGACGCUAGUGAGGGCUGGAGAUUGGUCUUUAUUCUUGUUUCAGAAGAGGUUUGAUUACUUUAUGUCGUGCUGAACACAGACCAGAACGCUGACAUUUCUGUGUAAAAAAUGAAAACGAAGAAAUUCAUGAUUUUCGUCCUGACUGGUGUGCUGAUUGUUUAUAGUGUGUUUGCAGACACUGAACAAACAGGAAAAGAUCAUGUGCAGCAUGAAGGCUGUUUCGAAUUUUGUUCAACCGAGAAGAUUAUUUGGAUUGUUUUGGUUUUUUCAUUAUUUGUGUCGCUGAUCUUCAACGUUGUGUGCUACGUCAAGAACAGAAAGAGAGACUCUUCGAGUGAGUACCUGCAUCCACUUGUAAACAACUCUUCGAAUGUGGACUGUUAUCAAUCUGUGAACGGCAAGUUCAAUAAUAAACAUUGCAGAGAUUGUGAUGACAUUCGAAUGAAAUUCAAUGCAGUGGGAUAUGUUGUAGAAAGAGAAUGGAGUAGCAUAACUACGUGUCAAGCUAAAGUGACCCUGAACCCUGACACAGCCAGCCCCAGCCUCAUAGUCUCUCAGGAUGGCUCACAAGUGAGAUUCAAAGGGGAUGGAUCAGCAGGGUGGCCCAGUGUGCUGGGUAAGGAGGGGUUCACCUCCGGGAGGCACUACUGGGAGGUGGAGGUGGGGGAGAAGGGCUACUGGGCUCUGGGCAUCACCACAUACCUUGAUGAGAAGAGCAUACCUGAGAAACCAGAGGAGGGCUACUGGCUUCUGAGGCUGUGUAGAGGAAAUAAAUAUGAAGCUGUGAGCCAGUCCCUAGUCCCUCUCACACUGCAACGCAAGCUCUAUAAAGUGGGAGUGUAUCUGGACUAUAAGAAAGGAGAGUUAUCAUUUUACAAUGUGUACGAUGAUAGCAUGAGAUAUGAAAUCCACACUUUUAAUUACAAAUUCACUGAGGUCUACCCCAUCUUCAGCCCAGGGUCUCGAGAUAGAGGACCUUUGAAACUUAACUAAAGUUAACUAAACUGAUUAACAUAGAUUCAUAUGGUGUUUUUAAUUUUCUGGUACAAAAAUGAAAUUGCUAAUUAAUUGCAAUGACUAAUUUAAGACUGGCUUGGUUAGUCUGACCUGAUGGGAGGGGAACCUUAAAACAUGUGGGAAUGCGGUCAAGCUUAUUUCAUGAAUUAAUUGCCAAUUUAUAAAGGCUCAGCUCACUACAGCUCUGUAUGCAGGAGCAGCAGGUUGUUCAGCAUGGGUGAAGUAUAGUUUUGUUUUUGUAACAAUGUGUUUGGCAACGCUGAACCUCUGGGCUGAUUGCUUGAUCUGAUUAUGUGGUGGUGGGGAGGAAUAUCAUUGCACAGUAGUUAUAUGGAUGCAUAUAAACUGAAAUUAUUUUUAUUAUGCAUUAAUGUCUAAAAUGCUGCCCUUUUGUUACCAAAAGACUGGGGUUCUGGAACCAAAUGAAAUCUUUUCCUUGGUCAAACUUCUUUGUGUUGAGUUGUGUUUCUGUCACCAGGUUGUGGAGGCAUAUAAUAAAUAUGUAUAUAACAAA